AUGCUCCGGCUGAUUACUGGUCCUUUGGACGAAACCUACUCACUCAGCCCGAAGAUCACACGCGCGGACAAUGCGGAUACCGUCUUGACGGCCUCGGUAGCGCUAUCGGCGUUGCGUUCUACGACCGGAUCCCAAGUGUCAUCCGACUCCCGUCCUCUGGCUCGGGUGGUCCCGUGGCCGUGCAUAUCUACUACCUCCAGUACGGCCCCUCAUUCCCACUGUACGAAGACUCUUGCCAAACCUAAUGGGCGAGCAGUAUCCAUCACCACGGUCCGAACAUCCUCCUCCAUCGUCCGUUCAUCGCACGACAAGCAACCUCCCCCACAGACCGAUGAUCAACGAGGUGCGGGCUGCACGCAUCUCGACGAAAGCACCCGCUUCGCCGAGGCGUUGACGGCGACAUUGAAAGAGGUGGAAAGGCAUGUUUCCCUGAGAACCGCCACCAUCUCCCAUCAUCCACCCCUGCCUCACCGCAGGCCUCAUCCACCUGUGCGUCUGGACCCUCCCGAGUCCCGGCGGGACGCCCCGAGCAAAGAACGACUUCCUGUGCAUCACAUCAUGCAUGGCCUCGACCAGAUGAGUACUGCGUUGGUGUGGGCGCUCCGCGCGAUCCAGUUACUGAAGUUAGUCGCGCGGCGUUGGUUACCACCGACAGAGUCUGCGGGGUUGAUGGCCAAUGAGUUGUCAUAUCUGUCGAGAGGGGAUGGGGCUGAGGAAGUGGUUCCUGUACUGCCGGGGUUGCCGGACGUGGUGGGUUGUGAUCCCUGGGCUCAGUCCUUGUGGUCCGAGGGGGGGUGGGUCCAGUCGGGCCUGUUGUUCGAUCUAGGCCUUCUGCACUACUGCUUCAUGUGA